CCACAACCCUCUGCUCCCAGGAGGGGGUAUAUACCCCUCAUGGUUGUUGUGGGUGUUGUGGCCUAGUAGCACAGCCGAGGUUCCACGUGGUGCGGUUCCCAGGGCAGCAGAGCUACAAGAACAGCUGAACCUCAGGGUAUUCGGCACAAUCUGAAGGCCCUGCAGCCAUCUCGAAAUCUCCAGAAAGUCAAUGUUGCAAAUCCACUUAACGUUAUUAAGGCCUGACCCGUGACCUCCGUACAGGAUGGAGCCCACAGCUAAAGGACGGACCGAGAAAAAUUUCAGCUACGUUGUCAGAGCCCCCAGCAGCGAUGGGUUUGAUGUCAUGAACGUUGAUGUGAAGAUCGACACGUCCUGGGUGUUCCAGGACGUAGAAGACAGCGGUGGGGAGCAGGAAGCCCGAAGCCCAGGCGCGGACCCAGGCACGCUCAGGAAGCAGCUGGAAUCCUCGGAGCAGAAGCUGCUGGCCGCCGUGGACAAGUACGUGAUGUCCGAGUCCGGGCUGAGGAGCAGAAUCCAGGAGCUGGAGCUGUCGGAGAGACAACUGCUGCACAAGGUGGACCAGCUGAGCGCUCGUGUGAAGCAGGAACAGAGCGCUGCUGUCCGGGCCCAGGAGAAGCUGCAAGCCCUGCAGGGGGAGCUUGCCAGCCAGGUCACUCUGAGCCGAAUCCAGGAUGAACCACUGUCCCUGCCCAGGGAGGACGCACCGGAUGCUCCCAAAAGGCAAGAGCCGCAGGCCACCCUCGGCUCCACCAGUGCCCCUGGACCGAGAGGCUCAGCAGGCCAGCCCUCUGAGGGGUGCUGCUCCUGGGGAUGCGUUGGAGCAGGACAAGGCCCUCUGGUUGUGGUGCCAGGCCUGGAGACCAGAGACGGGUCCCUGGAAGACGUCACAGGAUCUGACCGUGGACGGCCGACUCCGGCGGAACCCAGCAUGGAUGAACAGGCUCUCCUCCUCAUCUGCGGCUGCCCCUCCGGACAGUACAGGGACAGCUCACUCCUUCCCGUGGAGCUGGCCUGGAUUUCAGAGCAGAGGCUAGCAGCCGCCCAGGCCCAGGGAUCCUUUCUCCUGGUGCAGACGUCCACACUCCCUCCCUGGGGGCCAGCUGGGGACCCCCCUUCCCUGCUGCUGCCACUGCUGCUCCAAGAGACUUCGCCACAAGAAUCCCAAAUGGAGCAGGUGCUGGAUGCCAGGUCGUCGCCUGCUCCCAGAGCCUCAGGACAACCAGGUCGAGAUCGUCACUGGGAAAAGAGCCACAAAGCCUCGCUCUGCCAGGAGUCCCCACAGACUGCAAGUCAGCGAUUUCCCAGGAGAGGGCCCAGAGAUCUAAAAGACCCUUGGAAGGAGGGAGGAGGACCGGAGUGGAGAACCGAGGAGCAGGGGGUGAGGAAGGCUGCGGGCAGGAAGGAGGAAGACCUCGGUGGCAAGAGUAAGCUAAGUCAGGAAAGCGGAGAAAACCCGAGCUUGUGGGCUGGCGUUGGAGCCCCAGAGGGCGUGCUGAUCGAGAACGGGGCUUUAGAAACCCAGGCCUCUGCCUCCUGCCCCGGGCCCGGGCCACAGUCCCCACUGCCUCUUCUGCAGGAGGAGGCCUCAAUGUCAACCAAGGGACCCACAGCCCUGAGUGGGAGGGGGAUGGAGGGAGGGCUUUCAUCAGAGGAGGAGGAGAAGGAGAAAGAGCACCCCACAGCCAGGGCCCUCGGUGCCCAGAGGCUGUCUCCAGCAGGUGCUCAGCUCCUUGCAGGGCCGGCCAAGGAAGAAACUCUUGCGUGGUCUGGAAAUGCUCUGCAUCUGCAAGAGGAAAGCGCUGGAGAUGAAGGGCAAGAAGAGAAGGAGGAGGAGUCAUGGCCUCUAGAAGGGUCCAGUCUGGGCCACAGCGACAUCCCGGAGGAGCCUGGUCCCAUGGAAUGUGCAGGCUGCGAUACACUCUUCCCAGCAGCAGAGGGAGGUCUGACACUGUCCCCCAGAGUGGCCUUUUCACCCAAGGGGACCGAGCCCAUCAGUAGCCCAUGGGUGCUGAGCAAAGGAUCUGGCGGUUCUGAGCUCAGAAUAGAUGAAUUUGAAAAGGAGAUGGAAGCUUGUUUCCAGCAACUCUCCAUCCUGGAGCUUGGGGGCGGGGGACGGUGGCAGCAAGCCUCCAGGCUGGCGGGGGAGAGCAGGAGCGUGGCUCUGAAAUGGCACAGCUGCCAGGGGAACGCUUACUCCCGGCAGGGUUUGGGCAACCAGGGCUUGGAGAUGUGUUUGGCCAGGGAAGUCAAACCCGGGGAGACUAGAGCAGGGGGUAGACCAGGAGAGAUGGAGGCCGUGGGAGCCAGCGCGGGCCUUCCAGGGAUGGUGACCGAUUUGGAUCACGUGAGUCCGGGCCCAGAGUGGCCCUCGGAGCUGGGCCGGAACCAGGCACCGAGAGCCUUUGAGAGACAGAGGAGGAGGUUUCAUCAGCUCAUUUCUGGACUGAAGAAAGAGAGAAGCCAAUUUUUACAUGACAACGCUGAGCUUCGGGCUGACCGAGAGAGAUGCCAUAGAAAACUGUGCGUCCUCGAAAAAGAGAGGGACAGGAAUGUGACAAGGAUAGCCACGCUCGAACGGGAAAACAGCAUGCUGUUAGAGGACAUCACUGACUUUAAGGGGGAGCUGGACCAAAGUUGGCAGGUCAUCUCUGACCUGGAAGACUGCAAUGUGAAAAGUUACGGCAAGAUUUCUGACCUCGAAGAGGAGAACGAGAAGCUGAAAGGGCACCUGGCCCAGCUCCAGAAAGCCGCACUGGAGAGCGUCAGAAAAUCCAAAGGUGUGAUGGAGCACAUCACCCUGGAAAACCGGGAGCUCAAGGCACUGAUCUCGGAGCUCGGGGUCAGCCACGAAGAGCUGAUGAAGGGCGUGGUGCUGGGGAUAGAAGACUCGGUCCGGGCCUUCAGGGGGGAACAUGCCCACCUUCUGCGCAGGGUCUGCGUCCUGGAGACGGAGGUCGCGUUGGGGGCGAGCACAGCCGUGGGUCGCUCGGUAGGAGCAGAGGAGGGUCUGCAGGGGGAAGGCAAGAUGCCCGGGGACAAGGGGAACGCUGUGGACAGGGGGGUGCAGGUGACUCCACUUUCCGGGCAACUGACUCCAAGAGCCCACGGGCCGCCCUUGGUGGCGAAAUCAGGUGUGGCCGGCCGGUGGAUGGGGCCUGCCUUAGGCACGGAGAAUUCCAGAUACGAUGCCAACUCUGCAGCUCCGUCCUUGGCCUGGGGAAGCGCCGAAGUGUCCUGUGCCCCGCACGGAAGCAUCAGUGGAGCAGGAGCAAAGGAAGCACAUUUGGGAGAGGAGGAGAAGAGACCACGGUGCCCUACAGACCCAGGGCGAGCUCCGAGGGCCCUGAGCCAUGGCCCCCAGCUGCAGGACCUGGAGGUGGACACCCCCAGGGAGGACCUGAGGCUGCAAGUCCAGCAGCUCCGGCACCAGGGGCAGACCCUGCAAUGUCAGCUCAGAGACCUGACGUCAGCCUACCGGGAAGCCACCUGCCUCCGGGACCAGCUCAAGAGCGAGCUGCAUGAACUUCGGAAAAAGCAACAGGAGGCAAAUUUCGCUGUGGCUCCUUUGAAGGCCAAGCUGGCUUCCCUGGUUCAGAAGUGCCGGGAGAGGAACCACCUGAUCACACACCUACUGCAGGAACUGCGUAGACACGGGCUGGCGAAUCACCUGCUCUCUGAGACGGCGCAGAGCAUGGUCGAUGACGUGGCACUGGCCGAGUACGCGGCCACCUUCCUGGCUCCGGGGCUCCCAGAGACCAGCCACCACCUGGAUGUCGAGUCUGAGAAGGCAGGAGUCAUAGGAGCUCAGAAAUCCCUCCUGAAUCUCAAAACGGACAGUGUCAGCAUCCAAAGACCUUUGCAUUCAGAAUCCCGGCCUGUUCCUGAGGCUGAGUGGCCAGCACAGAUGGCUCGACUGGAUUCUCCGAAGCUUCCCCUGCCCUCAGGGCUGACGCCUGCUCCUGGAGCGUGCCCGGCUACCGCCACCGUGGAGACAGCACUCUCUGCACAAUCCUGGCGAGAAGAAGGCGGACCAUCCUGUCCCAUCCUCCUCCGAGCCGAUGGCCUCCCGCCACCCCCUGAGCUCCUGAGUCCUGCGAGGAUCCUGGCUCUCCACAAAGAGCUUAGACAAAGCAUUUGCAGCAAUUCGCAGGUCAAUAAAUCACCGCUGGAGUUAUAAAUUUAAUGGAACCACUCACGCUCUGGGGCCAUUUCAUAGACUCCAUAAAUAUUUGAAGCAGAACCUUCAGACACUGCUUUAAGAAAUUGGUAGCAAUCAAAGCCCUCAUUCAGUGGCAAGUGGUUUUGCCUCUGGCUCAGAGCUCUGUGUUGGUUGUCAGAGCUUGGGAGAAAUACUGGACUCUGCUUGCACAUUCUGAGGGCUUUGGCUUUGGCUAAUGUCAAGGCAGCAAAGAGAAUACUUACUGUACCAAAACCUAUUGAGUGAUGGGUCCAAUGGUUCUCAGCUGGGCAUGAUUUUUCCUAACCAGGGAGAAAUUUGGCAAUGUCCAGAGACAUUUUUGUCAUCACAAUGAGGUAGUGCUCCUGGCUUCUAAUGGGUAGGGGCCAGGGAUGCUGUUAAACAUGUCACAAUGCACAAGACAGCAUUCUACAACAAAGAUUAUCCAGCCUCAAAUGCCAACAGCGCAGGGGUUGGGGAAGCCCCACACUGGUCUGAUAGCUCCUAACAUGGUCAGCCAUAGAGACCCGUUUUGUUAUGCUCCUGGCCUCAGGGCUCUUCCCCAUGUUUUAAAAGAUUUUUGUCUACUACAUGAAAUGCUUGACUUAAGUAAUUAUAUAUUUUACAUUUUAAAACAUUACAACCAAUCAGAACUUUCUAAUAAGCCCAUUCCUUCAACUUACACUUGCUGACAUGCAAUGAAUGCCAGGAAAUACAAUGUGAGGGUGAGGGAGGUGAGCCAGCUUUGGUUCUCACCCCAGGAGCUCACAUGGCAACGGGGGACACCUGGAUGAACUGAGCACUGUGCAGCCCAUGGUUAAGUGUGCCAUGAGAUGCAAGAUGAAGGGAAGGGCUCCUUCUGGAGAAUGGAUGUCAUUCAGGAGGGAAGGGCUGAGCAGAGCCCCUAAACCCAGUGAAGUGUACAGCUGGGUGAGGUGGGUAAGGGUGUUACAGUCAAUGGGAACAGCAGGUGCAAGUCUUUAAGGCAUGAAACUGAACUUUGGAUGUGUCACCGAAGGAGAAGUGUGCAAAGCAGCUCCUUGCCAAGCCAGCUGCAAGGGGUUACCGCCUCAUCUCGUCCAGCACCUCUCCCUUUCCCCCGAGAACAGGACCCAUGCCCUGACCCAGGCAUAGGACUCAGGGGUAGAAGGAAAAUGCAUCCAUCCUGAGGGCAGUCUACCCAACAAGAGAAUCAAGGGAGCUUGAAAUACAUAUGCCCAGAUCGUGUCCCCGGGUUCACCAGUCAGAGACUUCGUUUCUGUCUUUAGAAAGAGCUGGUGAGAGUUUGAGGGAAAGGUCUGGAUUACCUUUCCAGGGCUGGAGCUGGAGCUUCCUGGAAGCUCUUGUCACUUAGGGACAAGGAAGUUCCAGGGCAAGAAACCUAGGGCACCCGGGGCAGCAGUCAAAGCCCGCAGAUUUUAUUUUAAUGUAGUUUAACUCUGAGGUUGAAAAGUGCAGAGAGUUCCCAUACACCCCUUCACCUAGCUUCCCAUAAUGUUGACAUCUUAUAUACCUAAUCACAUUGCAGUGACAGAAACAAAUGGACUUAUUUUGAGGGACGCUGGAGGUGUGGGCACUGAUUUGUAAGAAAAGCAGGGCUAUCAGGCAAGUGUUGGUACACUGAGCUGCUACCAUCUUGAUUAGCCCAAGGGGCUGUGCGAUGGGUCAUCACACCAUCCAUUUGUUCAGUUAGCAUCCAGUGGUAACGGUCCCGUGCGGGCCAGGUCCUCGGCGAGGCGCUGGGAAGCAGGAACAGAGAACAUGUGGUCAGUGUCUAACCUCCGGGACCUCCUGGCAGCUCUGUGGCCCCAACAUCAGCGCUCA